GAAGAACAAAAAGAAAGAGAGAGAGAGAGAGAGAGAGAGAGAGAGCAGACGUCGAAUUGAGUUUAACAUAUUCUUAAUAAGAAAUGCGUACGGGUUCGCAUGGCAUUCACCAAGCGACGAGCGAGCGAGCAACCGAGGAGGAGACUUUUUGAAAGAGUAGCGUGGGCUCUCUUCUACCUCGAGUGGGCCAGUUUGAGGUCAACCCUGGACCCAGUCAGUUCAGCCUCCGGAGAAGUCUCUCAUCUCUCAGUGUCAUAGCCAGCAUCAUCCCACAGACAUUGCUGCAGCUUCUGCAUAUCUCGUCGUAGUUUUUCUUUCGAGAGUCUUAUUAUUUUCGUGUUUCAGCAGCUUCAAGUCUAUUCAAGGGCUGAUUUAUUCAACCGCAAGGUGCACAAAGGUGGUUGUUUUCUAAGGCAAACUGCAGCGCCGGAUCAUGCGGAAGAUUGGGCAUCGCCAGUGGCGGACACGCAACUUUUGCCACUUCAUAACGGCGUUGGUAAUCCUCACGGCCAUCUGUGCGGGAGCGGAUCAGACGAAUGACGAGUCUCGCAUUGUUGUUGUCAAAAGAGGCAGAAGCGGCGGCAGCAACAAACGACCCCCCGCAAAUCGUAAGCAAUUUAAUCAACAGCAAUUGUUGACUCAUUCUUUUCUCAUUUACAAAAACCCUGCCGAUGAUGCAAUUGUGGACACUGUAAAAGAGGUCGACGAGUCGCAAACGGCGGCACUCGACACCAACUUCCUACCCCCGCCCGUGCAACAAUCAGCUCCAGUUGUUUUUACACCUGGUUUCGUUCUACCGGUGGAAGAGCCCAGCUUGGACUACCUUCCGCCUCAGUCUGCAUCGAUUCCACCACCAAGGGAGUCCACCAAGAAAAAUCCAACCAUUUUUUUCCCUCCGCCUGACAGAAAUCCAGAAAUCGAUGCGGCCAAUCGUUCCCUUUUCGAUGCCAAUGAACGGCCGCUCUCCUUUGAGCCAAAGAAGGAAGAAUCGUUGAGCGUGAACAACGGCCCGUCGUCCUUAUUUGACGAUAAUGUCAUUCCUCCUGCUGGCGUUAUCCAAAGAAUCGUCGUCAACAACAGCAAGAACAGACAAGAAGCCCAACCGAAUUAUUACACCAUCCCGAGCAGAGUAUCGAACGAACCCAAACCGCCAAGUCCACCCGUUUAUGAUCGAUUAGACGACAGUCUUUUCGACUUGGAAUCCGAGUACGAAGAUAAUAAAGCUGUGCAGCAGAAUCCUGGUUUGCCAAGUGCGUCGUACGGAUGGCCGGCCACUACUAAACGCCCCAAAACUCCAUCGCUGUUUGACACUCCCUCCAAUUCGGAUGAUUUUAAAUAUCCCGUGGCAUCUUCAUCGUCGAAUUUUGAACCAUCACCGCCAUCUAUUUCACUACUGUCGAAUCCUCCAGCAGCACCUCCGGGGUACAUUCCUGACUCUCCUGCUCCGCCAGCUCCUCCUUUUUCUCCUCCUUUGGCUUCUCCUCCUGCCAAUCCUGGCCCGGCUGCUCCAGUGCUCUAUGCUCAAUCCGACGGAGAUUAUAAUCAAGUUCACUUGACAUGGGCACAACUUCACGCCAGUUUGACUCCAUCGACAGAUGCCGCAGGUAUUAUUUCUUCCAUCACCAAUAGUGGCAACAAUUACGCCACUACUAGCGGCGGCGGAUCACGUCCCGCUCCUCCAGUGGGGCCUCCGUCACCUCCAAUUGUUGGCCCUCCAGCUCCUCCUCCUACUGGAAUCCGACCUCCUGCUCCUCCUGUCGUCGGUCCGACUCGUCCAGGUGGGAUCGGUUCAACGAUAGGGUCAACAAUUGGUUCAACGUUAGGCUCACUGCUUCCGGGCGGAAUCGGCUCGGGGAUAGGAUCAACGAUUGGAUCAACGAUCGGCUCACUUGUUCCUUUCAGUCCACAACCUCCUGCUCCUCCUCUCACAUUCGCACCUUCGUUGUUUAGUGCUAAUUCCGACUCUUAUGGAUUUUCCAAUAGUGGAACUCAAUCCGCCCAGCCGCAAUCUUACCAGCAGCCACAACCACAACAACAAGAACAACAGUUUCCCAGUUAUGUUCUUUCAGCAGCCAGUCCCUUGGCUGCAGUUGGGCCUCCAUCAGGUUACAGCCCAUCUUUUUCGAGUCCUCAGCAGCAACAACAACAGCAACAGAACACACCAAGUGGGCCAACGAUCAUUAUAUAUUCAGGAUCGCCCUCUUCUCCUGGCCAACAAAGUGAUUCAGGAUUAGACUACGGUAGACAACCUUCUUUCAAUCCUCCUGCCAAUCCACCGUCUUAUCAACAGUCUUUUAGCAAUCCACCAGCAGCACCUCCAGCGAAUCCACCGUCAUAUCAGCAAUCUUUUAGUAAUCCUCCCGCUUUACCUCUAGCCAAUCCACCGUCAUAUCAACAGCAGUCUUUUAGCAGUCCACCAGCGAAUCCGUCAUAUCAGCAAUCCUUCAGUAGCCCACCGGCAGUACCUCCUGCAAAUCCUCCGUCAUAUCAACAGCAGUCGUUUAGCAGUCCACCAGCAAAUCCACCAUACCAACAGUCUUUUAGUAGUCCAUCUGCUGCCCCUCCUGCAAAUCCUCCAUCAUAUGAACAAUCUUUCAGUAAUCCUCCCGCUUUACCUCUAGCCAAUCCACCGUCUUAUCAACAGUCUUUUAGCAAUCCUCCCGCUAAUCCACCGUCAUAUCAGCAAUCAUUCAGUAGCCCACCGGCAGCACCUCCAGCCAAUCCUCCGUCAUAUCAACAGCAGUCUUUUAGCAGUCCACCAGCGAAUCCACCGUCAUAUCAGCAAUCCUUCAGUAAUCCUCCCGCUUUACCCCUAGCCAAUCCACCGUCUUAUCAACAGUCUUUUAGCAAUCCACCAGCGAAUCCCCCGUCAUAUCAGCAAUCCUUCAGUAGCCCACCGGCAGCACCGCCGUCCAAUCCACCGUCUUAUCAGCAAUCGUUUAGCAAUCCUCCGGCUAAUCCGCCGUCAUACCAGCCAUCCUUCAGUAGUCCGCCCGCAGCCCCUCCAGCGAAUCCGCCUUCUUUAAAUUACGAUUCAUUUAAUCCUUCAUUCAGUCCAUCUUUUAAUCCACCCGCAACUUCAAACUUCAAUAACUACGCACCAGCAAAUCAACAAUUUUCUAGCCCGCCGCAACCUCAAGCACCUCCUCAACCUCCUGCGCCACCCCAAAGUCUUUUUAAUUCGUACGGAGAACCCAUUGGAUUAGCUGGUGUCCCCAUUCGACCAAACUCUCAACAACAGCAGCAACAACAACAGUUGCCCAGCUAUGUUCUUUCUCCGGCUAGUCCCCCAGCACCCCCAGCACCCCCAGUGGGUCCUCCAUCAAGUUACAGCUCUUCUUUUUCGAGUCCUCCAGCACAAACUUUCCAGGAUGCCAUUCCGGUAUCCAGUCCGUCUUAUCAGCUAGCCGCACAAUCACCACCUUCUGUAACUUACGUACAGCAGCAGCAACAACCCGUUUUUGUCCAGCAACAGCAACAACAACCCGUUUUUGUCCAGCAACAGCAGCAACAACCCAUUAUUCUACAGCAGCAGCCGCAGCAACCCAUUAUUGUCCAGCAGCAGCCGCAGCAACAGCAAAUUGUUGUCCAGCAGCAGAGGCCAGUUGUGGUUCAGCAACAACAGCCUGUUCUCGUUCAGCAGCAACAACAACCUGUUCUCGUUCAACAGCAACCCAUCGUCGUCCAGCAACAGCGGCCCGUCCUUGUCCAGCAACAGCAGCCUGUCCUAGUUCAACAACAACCAGUUAUUGUCCGGCAGCAGCGGCCCGUCAUCGUCCAACAACAAGCACCGGUAUACGUUCAACAACAACAACAACAACAACAAUAUACUUAUGAUAGUUAUCAACAGCCAGCAGUUCAGUUCCAGCAAUCAUACGAGCCUGCCUACCAAACGGUGGUCCAACAAGCCGCACAGCCAGUUCUACAGCCCGUCGUCCAAACAGUCCUUCAGCCGGUUCGAGCAGUUUUCGAUCCCGUUUACCGGCCAGCUAAUCCCACGCAAGUCUUGCGCGUUCCGGGAUUCAAAGCUCAAAAGGGUAACAAAGCUAAAGCCAAAGGUAAAGAAGGAAAAGGAAAAGACAAGUUUAAGAGCAAAGGUAAGGGUCCAUCCAACAACAGUUUCUCAGCUCCGUCCAACAGUUACGCAGCCCCGUCCAACAGCUACGGAGCUCCACCGUCCAACAAUUACUACCAACCUCCGGCAAACGAUCCGCCGGCAAACGAUCCACCGGCUCAAGAUGACCCAGUGUUUGACACCGUCGUUGAGGUCUUGCAGCCUCAGCUAGACAUUCAAUAUCAGUACAAAUACUCUGGGCCACCCAUCAUGGGGCGCGGUGAAAAAGCUUCUAAGAAACUCAAGAAACUUUUCUACAAGGGGGCCAUCCUGCUGGGCGGAUUAGGAGCUAUUACGGCAGCGCCCAUCGUUCCCGGAGUAAUAGGUCGAAGAAAACGUGAUACCCGACAACCGAACGACGCCGCAGUAGCCAAUUUAGCACUGAUUCCAUCGACUGAUUUGAUGCAAGAUUCGUAUAUUCCUAAUCCGAAACUGGAGUCAGCAUCGGUGGCCGCCGAGAACAAGUCUCUACAAAUGGGCAACAGCAGCACAUCUUUAUUUGAUAGCCUACCUUUUCAAGGUGCCCCGAUCCCCAAGAAAUUGCGCAAGGAACUAGCUCGUUAUCUACCAACUGCCGAAGCCAUGAACGAUGCUGAAUGCCUACAGAAAUCUUUCUGUGAAAAUUUGAUUGAACUCAACGACUCACCUUUCCAGGACAGCUUUCUCUUCUUCUAUGCUGCUCUGUCACCUGAAGCGGACAAAAACCCAUGGUUGCAACAGUCGCUGACUGCCGCCAAAAAGAAGAAGUGCAGCGAAUUUUAUUGCACGAAAACGGCGGACACGAAAGACGAGGACGGUGCGGAGAUCGACGACGACACAACUGCGACUGAUGACACAACCGUUAGUCACAAUCCAGAGGCUGAAGGACCGUCGCCAGCUGCUUAAUUUCUAAACAACAACCUUCUGUACUUCUAUUAUCAUAUAGUGUCUGUAUACGAACUAAAGUAGCUAAUCAACAUGUGUUUCAUUUCAUUAUCUCAAAAUGCCGCAAUUGUCCUUUAUGUGACUAAAUCCCGUUUUAUUAUUGUUACCACAAUCAAGGCCAGCAGAAAAAAGAAGAAACAACACACAGGAAUUUAUCGGAUGUAACGAAAACUCGCAGCAGGUCUCGAGUCAAUAUAUACACACUGUAAUUUUCACGACGCGUUCGGUUAUGAUGAUCUAUCCGCAAUACACAAAGUUUUUAUUCCA